AAUGGCGCUUCCCAUUGGGGCGUGCGUGACUUGCGCACCUGACAAUGCCUAAAGGAAUCGACAUCAGAGGAAAUUAGUGUCCUGGAGCAGAUCAACACUGUGGUACAGUGCAGAUUUUUGCCUAAAUGGAUGUGGAAAAGUUGCAAGCCCAGCUGGAAGAGGCAAGGAAGGAGAUUGAGGUCUUGAAGAAGAGGUUGGUAGAAAACAACAGUGCUACGAGACGCUUGGACAAGGAAGAGAAGCUCAUUGAUGAAUUUUCUUCAAAGAAAGAAUGCUGUGAGGACUCUGCUCCAUUAAGGAAAAAAACGAAAUUGGACAAUGCAAGCAUCGAGCGUUACGGCAGGCAACUUAUUCUACCCGAAAUUGGAGUCAAAGGUCAACUCAGGCUGUGCAAUAGCUCUGCAUUGAUAGUUGGUGCUGGUGGACUCGGAUGCCCUGCUGCUAUUUAUCUAGCAGCUGCAGGGAUAGGCCAGCUAGGCAUUGUUGACUACGAUGCAGUGGAGCUUAAUAAUCUUCAUCGGCAGGUGCUACACACAGAGGCCGGAGUAGGACAACCCAAGUCAGCCUCAGUCUCGUCCAGUGUUUCAAGAUUAAAUUCCUCGGUUUGGUGUGUGCCUUACCACAUGCAGUUGGACAGUAGAAAUGCCAUGGAUGUCAUUAACAAAUAUGACAUAGUGCUGGACUGCACUGAUAACGUUGCAACUCGAUACCUCCUCAAUGAUGCCUGCAUCUUGGGAGGGAAACCACUGGUUUCUGGUAGUGCUCUCAGGUUUGAAGGACAGCUCACUGUGUACAACUAUGAAGGUGGGCCGUGCUACAGGUGUCUGUAUCCCAAACCGCCGCCCCCUGAGACGGUCACAAACUGCUCCUCUGGAGGUGUUCUGGGCGUCGUUCCUGGGAUUAUUGGCUGCUUUCAGGCACUGGAGGCAUUGAAAAUUGCAGUAGGUUUAAAAGCUUCCUUCAGCCAGAAGCUUCUCCUCGUUGAUGCAUUGGAUGGUAGCCUCCGCACCAUCAAGUUGCGUCCCAGACAGCCCAGCUGCAACAUCUGUGGCACACAGCCUUCGGUCACAAGACUUGUUGAUUAUGAAGCAUUCUGUGGAGCAAGUGCUACAGACAAGUGUAUGAGUCUCCAUCUUCUGCCUCCUGACGACAGAAUCGGUGUCCACAGCCUGUCCUCAAUACUCCAAGAGGACGAGCCAGUCAAGUCUUCUGUCUUCCUCGACGUCAGACCAGCAGUGGAAUUCGAGAUCUGCCAUCUGCCUCAUUUCACCAAUAUUCCUAUUGAUGAAGUGGGCAAGUCGGAGCCUCUAGCUCUCAUCAGAAGAGAGGUGGCUAAGAGAACAAAUAGUGGGAGCAAAUCUCAAGUGUUGGUGGUUUGCCGGCAGGGCAACGACUCGCAGAUUGCCGUGAAGAUAUUACAAGAGAAGCUGGGCUCCUCUUCAGCAGUAAUCCGGGACAUUGUAGGGGGACUGGUUGCAUGGACUUGCCACAUUGAUCCCAACUUCCCCAGGUACUGAGAAGGCAGGAUUCCAAACAGCCAUGGUCGCGACGACAUCUAUUGAGGUGGACCGUGCCAUCAAGCGCACCCCAUCCUCUGAGGAUGGAAGGGGGGUUAGAGGCUCAUCAAGUCACUGCUUCUGACCAAGUACAUGACUGUACUGAGUCCUUGAGCAAGCCAUUUCACCCCAAACUGCACUCUGCACAUAGUUUGAGUCAUAUUGGCAGUACACUAGUUUAGCUCCACAUUGGUAUUUGAUGUUAAAACCGAAAUUCAUUUUGUUGUUGGAAUGUCCUUUAUACAGUGACCCUCCUACAGAAUCCUUUUUUCUCAGUUUGCAUGCUUGCUAUGAAUGCUGGUUGUUUGGGAGGACAUUCAGUGAGAUGCCUGCAGUAAUAAACAGGGAGUCCUGGGUUCGAGUCCAGUCCAGGCCACCUCAAGCAGAAUUUCUCUCCGACCAUGCCAACCACAAAUGGUAAAGCACCUAAAUCACUGUCUAGUCCAUCGGAAGUCCCUUUACGAAUCCUGUCACUGGAUCUGUCACAAGACCAGUCACAAGUAACAGGGUGAACAGUAACAAAGGAAUGCUUUGAUCACAAUUCAUUUGAAUGACUUGCGAUUUGGCCCGAGACUGGAUGACUUGUGAUCGACUUGAUACAACAUUACAUUAAAUACUGAAGAGCAGACCACAGUGCCAGUGUUAGGAUUCAUUUCAAUCAGAUACAAAAACGCCAGGAAAUACUGCACUCAUCUGAUAUCCACACAGUACUUGAAAAUUGCACACUGUAAUAAUUUAUUUCAAUAUUCGUCUUUGAGGCACGUACACAUAAAAUACACUUUAUUAUAUCACCUACAGUAGUGGAGUUGGUGUUUUACUUGUGUAAAAUGCAUAUCAAUACACAAUGAAAAUCAAACAUCACUAUUUCAUUUCACACUUAUUUUAAGUACCAUUUCUGUUUGGGAAAAAAGUGAAGCUUCAUUUAAGAUCGUUUCUUUACUGUCGUAGCUUGAAGCAAUGUCAGUUAUCUGCAGCAUCAUAUCUGCCUUGCACUUACUUGUACAUGGUGACAUUCUGUGGUCAUUUAUCAACAUCUUACACACCAUCUGUGGUUGGUUUGCUUUGUGACACGCUCUACGUAAGCCACACACGUCAUAAAGUUAUUAAGUGGAGACUUGGGUUUACUACAUUUACAUGCGUAUGUAGUUAAAAGCUGGACAUUUGUAACUCUCCAAUGACAGUUCAAUGUAAGAGUUGGAAGGUUGAAGUAUGUGAAUAAAAUGUCCAGACAGCACACAGGUUGUCUGAAUAGAAAACACAGUGGGCAACGUUGUCUCGCUGUGUCCAUUUCAAGUACUAAGUAAAGUUAAAUGGUACAGAGCAGGGAGUUACCAGUACAUUCUUUCCAAUUCAACUUGAAGGCAGGCUGAAUAUUGGAUUACAAAACAGGUGCAUUAUCAACAGACUCGACCAAUUGUUAGGUGGGCAUGUUUUGCCCACGAAAUUCUGUUGAAAUGCAUCAGUACAGCUCUAAUAUAACGUACAUGUAUGUCAGGUCAUUGGCGGAGUCGCGCCUUCUCAAAUUGGAUGGUCAAUCAUCUGCAAGUUGGGGACAAGGCUAAGACACAGCCAACAGAUUGUACAUGUAAAUGUUGAAAUCCCUCUACACCCUGUGGAUUGCAGCCGAGAACAAACACCAACCCAAUUACAUGAACUGACUUGGCACCAAAUCUACAAGUUCGUUUUCCACAGCGGUGUUUUCGACAGAGCUCUUUGUUUCUA